GAGGGAGUUAUGCACAAGGACAUCUCUCUAGUCAGUUGUGGUGAAAUUGUCCGGAGGAGGUUUGGAUGCAAAAUAAUUAUAUCAACGGAGAAACAAGUGGGACUGAUAUUAAAUAAGAGCAGCGAUGCGAUUGGUCAGCGUGGCGGGGGCGCGGCUCCGCAGGGCGGUCGAGGAGGAGAAGGAGAAGGAGCCCCCACCUCCCCCCUCGCACCACUCCAACCACCAGUUUGCGAGCAUGAAGAGCAAGUUCUUCAAUGAGCUCACACACCUGCCAAAUCAUAAACUCAACAUGCCCAUGUGGGCAGUGGGAGCCAUCGUGGUGGUGGUCCUCGCCCUCGUGGCCUGCCUGGGAUUCUGCAUCUUCAAGAAGUGCUUCAACAAGGGCAGCAAGCCCAAGAAGGUCCGCGAGCGGAAGGGAGGACGAGGGCGCAGAAAGAAGGACAAGGACGGCGAGGACGGAGGGGAUAAGGAAGGAGAGGACGGGAAGCAAGACGAAGAGAAGGAGUUCUAUGGCAAACUGGAGUACUCACUGGACUAUAACUUCACUGAUAACCAGCUGAUCGUGGGCAUCCUCCAGGCACAGGACCUCCCAGCUAUGGACAUGGGCGGGACCUCAGACCCCUACGUCAAAGUCUACAUGCUGCCGGACAAGAAGAAGAAGUUUGAGACCAAAAUUCAGCGCAAGAACCUGUGUCCAGUCUUCAAUGAGACCUUCACCUUUAAGAUACCCUACAGCGAGUUGGGCGGUCAGACUCUGGUGCUGCAGGUUUUCGACUUUGACCGUUUUGGUAAACAUGACACCAUUGGUGAGAUCAAGAUCCCCAUGAACUCCAUUGACCUCGCACAGCCGAUACACGAAUGGAAAGAUCUGGUUGGAGGCGAGAAGGAGGAGCAAGAGAAGCUGGGUGAUGUCUGCAUUUCCCUCCGUUACGUCCCAACGGCCGGUAAGCUCACGAUUAACAUCAUGGAAGCCAAGAACCUGAAGAAGAUGGACGUCGGAGGCCUGUCAGACCCCUUUGUCAAGGUGGUGCUGCAGCACAACGGGAAGCGCCUGAAGAAGAAGAAGACAACAGUCAAACAAAACACUCUGAAUCCGUACUUCAAUGAGAGCUUCAGCUUCGAGAUCCCUUUCUCCCAGAUCCAGAAAAUCCAGGUGGUGAUCACCGUGUACGACUACGACAAGCUCGGCAGCAACGACCCCAUCGGCAAGUGCUGGAUGGGAUACGGGGCGUCGGGUGUCGGGCUGCGCCACUGGUCGGACAUGCUGGCCAAUCCCAGGCGCCCCGUGGCCCAGUGGCACACGCUGCAGCCUGAGGAGGAGGUGGACGCCGCCCUGAAGGCCCCCAUUCGCUAACCACGCUCCCACGGACACACGUGUGUGUGGAGCAUCACCUGCAAAGGAGGGGUAGUCUUUCAAUCUAAAAGCAAACAACGGUGGGUUUUAUAAAACGACCUGUAACUUGAAUAGUAAUCAUUCACACCAACAUCGAUUGUGUGAUAUUUUGGGGAUCUCUUCACAUGCCUUGCAUGUGUACUCUGUAUUCAAGCACACAGAAACAGGAUGUGCACUUGCAUCGGGACUCAGAUUUAUUCAAGCGUACUGGCCCAAACUGUCUCAUUCAAAGUCAAACUACAAAUUUACACUGAGCGACCAGUUCAGCGACUCACAUAUUCAGAAGUCAAAGGGUCCGUUUGCUCUUGGACAACAGGGUCUCCAGCACAUUUCCCCGGCCGAAUCCAAUUCAGUUUACCAGUGUUUUUGGAAUUAACGAUUUUUUAGAAACCACUGUCGAGAGGGUGGCGCUAGAACGUUCUCCACCCUCUGAGAGCGGAGAUAGAAAAAAAAGUUUGUCCGACUCCAAUCUGCUGUCGCAGAGCUGAAGUGUGAAUAUUCCUCUUUGUCCUCUGUCGUCCUCAUGUUUUCCCACUCGUUUGCCCCGAGAACCCCUCCUAACUUCCAAACUAAACUUGAUUCCCCCCCCCCUCUGAAACUUGUUGCUUGUAGUUACAUGUUUCUACUCACUAUUGGUCUGUAUCUUUGUGGCUCCUUCUUCUGCUACUGUUUGGAUGAGGGGAGCGUCUGGUGAGCGUGCAUAUUGAUGCGUGCGCGCGCGUGUGUGUUGUAUGUAUAUAAAAAAAAUGGAAAGCUGUUUGUGGUCUCACUUUCGAUUCAUACCAUGUGACUGUCAAGUAAAUAGCUGAAGAAAAAUAAAAAAAAUGAAA